AUGAGACGCCGCCGCCGCCCCUUUUCCCCAGAUCACCAAGUCCGCGUUCACGCAGCCACCAAGAAAUCCCCAAAUCCCAACCCGAGAUCGAAAUCGCUCGUCGCGGCGAUGGCCGACCAGGGCUCCGAGCAGGCCAUCGGCGGCGCCAACGUCGCAGCUGCGGCUCCUCAGAAGGUGGCGCCAGGCACAGGCCUCUCUGACUCUGAGUUGGGCAAGCAUGUUGACGCGAAGGCGGAGGCCGACAAGACCAUGGGCGAGGAGGAGAAGGCCGUCCCCGAGACCGAAGGCACGGCGCCUGAUGAUCCUACAGUGGAGGAGGAGGACGACGACACAGAACAUUAUUAUACCACGGAUGAAGAACUUAAAUGGAGCGAAGAUGAGUCAGACGACGAUGAUGUUGAGUUUCAGGUGGUUGUGGACAGGGUAACCGCAAAGUACAACAGGUACAUGCAGAAGUUGCUUGCUCGCGACACAUCAGUGGUGUUCACGGAUAUUACCUUUGAUUCUGAGGGUGAAGCGGUCUAUGCAUGACCACUGUGGCUGCUCUCUAAUCCAAGGAUUAUUUGAGAUGAGCAUGUACUUUUGCUAGGUCUACCAUUGCUUUGCUUGGGUUACCCUUAUCUAUCUAUCCUCCUAUUUGUCUAUCUAUAUAAAUUAUAUCCAGUGC